AGGUUGACACUAACGAGGCCUGUUACUUUCUUGAUCUAGAAUGAGAACAUGGAUGUAGAAUAUCAUGGAUGAUCCAUUUUACGAUGUUGAACUCAAAACAAUCAACAAUUGCUCUGGCAGAGACAGAAAAUGCACAAGCACUGCUGAAAACAUUCAGCACAGCAUCAAUCAUUUCGAGCAUUGGACUAGGAGUUUUCUGUUUCCUCGCUGAUCAGUGUUUACACCUUUCAUUAAUACAGAGCAACAACUGGCUUGGGGCUCUUUCAGACAAUGCAGUACAUGGUGUCAUUGGACUGUGGUCUUGGGCUAUUGUGAUUGGACUGAGAAAGAAGAGUGAUUUUUAUGAAGUCAUUUUAGCUGGGCUUCUGUCCUCUGUCAUUGAUGCUGACCACUUUGUCGCAGCUAGAUCCUUAUCCCUGCAGGCUGCAUUGCAUCUCCCGCAAAGGCCACCUCUACAUUGCUUCACAGUGAUACCUGUGGUGGUGUUUUCAGUGAAACUUGCCAUGUGGAUAUUUAGACUUAAAGAUUCUUGGUGUUUUCUCCCAUGGAUGAUUGCCAUGUCUUGGGUUUCUCAUCAUAUUCGUGAUGGUAUCCGCCAUGGUCUUUGGUUCUGUCCCUUUGGAAAUACAGCUCCUGUGCCAUAUUGGACUUACAUAGCAAUCACCUCCUCAUUUCCACACCUUUGUUCUGUUCUUAUGUAUGUGACUGGUACUAGAGAAACAAUGUCUAUGUCCCAUGGAAUUGCAAUUGAUGUAUAACAUGUUACGAUUUCCGCUUUAAGGUAAAAAUCCUUGCACUGAAAUGUGUUCAUCUGGAAAUACCAACUAACAGUAUACUUUGUGAAACUUGUAGCAGAGGAAGAUGCACUGUGUAAUACAUUCUAAGACACAACCUCAUUCCAAUCACUGAAUUGCUUAAUGCUUUUAAGAACGUAACUGUAACCUUUUAAAUUUACAUUCUACAUUAACUAUUGUGAAUGUGAUCAAAUCUUCACACACUAGUUUUCUGUUGAUCAGAUAUAAAUGUACUGUGAUUUAGUUAUAAAAUAAUUUUAUUUAUGAUAGUUUGAGAAUUAGUUAUAUUGUGAUGACAUUGGAUUAUCUAUAUUUAAUAGUUGUGACUAUAAUUUAUGUUUAACAAUUGAACUUUUGUAAAAGUGAGCAACUUUGUUUAUAAUGACCUGAAAUUACUAAACAUUUCAAAUUAAAGUACAGUGUUUUCAGCUAAA